ACGCAGGUGACGACAGCGCUGACACAUCCGAGCGUCCGCCCUUUGCGCCGGCCUGCUGCGGUUCGACCGGACGCCAUCCAUGUCUCUCUGUUAUACAAAACGAAACUUGACGCCUUUCCCGUCUUCCGCUUGAACUUGUUUCGAGAGUCUCCGCCUGCGUUGUUCUGUUGCCCGCCCAUUGGCCGUCUUCCCGCCAAACAAACGUCGUUGUUUCUGUUCCGUCCCGCCCCCGCCUGCUGUAGCCGUUCAGCCACAGGAAGUUUACUCUUGCAUCUCCACAACAGCUGCUUUUGCCGUAUGCGUUGCGACUCCACCCGCCUGCCAUGUGGUCGAGAGCCAAAUCUAGCGGCAAGGCGGGCUUCGACAAGGUCUAUGGAUGGGUGGACAAACUCGGCGCCCCGGUGAACAGACUGUCCAACAAGGUGGGCGCGGAAGCGUUCUGGCCCACGACCUUGGACAAAGAGAGUGACAAGGCUGCCCGUAUAUUGCGCAGCUUCUGCAAGGAUGGCUUUUACGAAGAAGAGAUCAAGGACACUCCAGCGGGCAUCAAGCAGAAGCAGAAGGUGAUAAAGAAAAUCCCCUCAGAGGUGAUCAAGAAUGCAAAGGGCCUUGCCAUAUUCACCGUAAUGCGGACCGGCCUGUGGUUCUCAGGCGCGGGAGGAGCUGGCAUAUUGGUCGCUAAGCUCCCGGAUGGCAGCUGGUCGCCGCCGUCUGGCCUCAUGUUGCACACGGCCGGAUUGGGUUUUCUUGUCGGCGUGGACAUUUACGACUGCGUCAUGGUCAUAAACACAGAAGAGGCGCUGCAGGGCUUUUCGAAACUGAGAGCAACUGUGGGGGGCGAAAUGAGCGCUGUCGCCGGACCGGUUGGAGUGGGUGGCGUGCUGGAGUCAGAGGUGCACAAGCGGCGGGCUCCCAUCUUCACGUAUUUAAAGUCAAGGGGUUUCUACGCAGGUGUGCAGAUAGAUGGCACCGUCCUUAUCGAGCGGACGGACGCCAACAAGGAUUUCUACGGUCGUGAGAUUGGUGUCAUGGAGAUUCUGACGGGAAAAGUCGAGAAGCCUCCUGCUUCAGUGAACACGCUUUUACGGACAAUUCGAGCUGCACAGGGCGACGACGUCUCAUGGGACACGCUGCCUACCGAGCCCCCACCGAGCGACUUCGAGAUCGACAACGACGGGCACAUUUUUGGCAUACCUGACAAGAUGGACCCCGAUCCGUAUGGCGUUUUGGCGUUGGAGAAGGAAGGAUUACAAUUGAAGGAGGCUGGCACGAACAAGCGCGCAUCUCACGAAGCCUUCACCUUCAACCCGAGCCCGUCCAGCCCGGUAUUCCAGACGUUCAACCGCAACAGCAUGGACGGCAGAAGCACGAGCAGGCGGAGUAGCUGGAGAACGAGUGUAGCCACCGUGGCAACGACAACUGCACCGUCUCGGCCCCCGUCUUCUAUGGUGGACAUGGCAGUGCAGACUGACUUUGAGAAUGACACCCCACUCUCGAGCCCGAAGAGCCUCAGCAGCGCCGGAAUAAAGAAGAUGGCGGACAUUGCAGAAGACAUACCAUCAAUUGAUGCCUCUGUCAACGCGAGUACGACGACGUUGCCGGUGGACCAACCCGCGACGAAUGGGGCGCAUGCCGUACCAAAAGUCGCGGAAGCGGCGACUGGAGAUGCAACGGGGCACGAAAAGUCUCUCGACAAGCAUGAAAACGCCGAAGACGAGGAAGAGGAAGAGCCUGUCGUUGUCCAAACCGUUCAGACUGCAGCCACACCGCAGUUCAUCAACCGCGCUCGCCUCGUCUCGGUGAAGAAGCCCAACGCUCCGGCCCUCCCACCGCGAAAUCCUGUCCGCGAACGGGGUAAAGGUCUUAUCAUCGGCUCUUCCAACCCUCGGUCGGACAGCUCCCAGGACGAGACGUCCCCACAUCGUCCGUCUACGGAGCGCACCCGCUCGCACGACUCGAUGACCUCUGUCGACCUCGCUGAGGUGAAGACAACGACGACAGAACGCAAGGACAACGAGGAUGAAUUCCACUCUGCAACGAAUACGCCUGCGCCGAGCUCGCCGAAGCUUGCGCCUAUUGACGAGACGACUGGGGAAGCUACUCCUGUAGCCUCCACUGCCCACGCCUAGAUCAUGCACGCCUGCUUUUGGGUCUUGUUUUUGCUUCACCUCAUGUUGUGCCGCGCGUUGGCCCUCAUUGUUAGGCGUUCUUCCUGGCCCUGCGCUUUCGCUCACAAAUAUCUGGGGCGGGAUGUAUAGACGUGCUAGACAGCAUACAGAAAAGCGAAACGAGAUUUGCUUCUUUCACAGAACGCAAGAUCUCAUAAUGUAUGGAAGUACCUCUUUCCGGGUCUAUUAUGACGGGAUACAGGACUGUGAAUUUGGGUGGGAGGUCCAGUUGCUGUUUUUCUUCUCUCGUUUUCUUCGCUGAUAUCCCUUCGUUUAGUGUUUUGGCGUGCUCUAUAUCAUUUUGAUGGGUGAACGCUUUGGAAUGGAUCCUCUUGUUUGUAUGCUAGGCGGUCCAGCGUAGAUUGGCUUGAGUAUGAUUAGGCUUGAGUAUGGACAACGAACAUAGCAAAAGCUUGGAUUCCACGCAGAGGGUUCAUCAUGCGUGUAGACCUAGCACAGCACUAUAAGAUACAUUACCACUAAGUUCCUCAAAGUCACAAAGAACUCUCGUACGGGGGUUGAGAAACGUUGCAAUCUCUUGUCAACAA